AUGGCCACAAACCAGACCUUAUCCACAGAUUUCCUAAUAUUAGAAUUAACAGAAAAUCCAAAUAUGAAGGUUCCUGUAUUCGUAGCUCUUCUUCUUAUCUAUUUGCUGACUUUAACAUCAAAUACAGCAAUUAUUUUAGUUAUACAGUUAAACAAGGAUCUAAACACACCAAUGUACUUCUUCUUAGAAAAUUUGUCAUUAUUGGAUAUCUUCUAUACCUCAACCACUAUGCCCAAAAUGUUACAGGUACUUAUGGCUGAGAGAAAAGUUAUCUCAUUCACAGACUGUGUAAUUCAGUUGUAUUUCUUUGUGACUUUUGUUGGCACUGCCUGUGUUCUACUUGGCAUGAUGUCUUACGAUCGCUUUCUAGCUAUAUGUAUCCCACUACAAUAUUCUAUUUACAUGAGAAAGACAGUCUGCAUUUCUUUGGCAAGUAUCUGUUGGUUCAGUGGCCUUAUUAACUCAGUUGUUCACACUGUCUUCACUUUCCGUUUACACUUUUGUCAUUCCAAAAAGAUCAGCUAUUUUUUCUGUGAUAUACCACCACUUCUUAUCUUAUCCUGUGAUGAUACAUCUGUCAAUGAAACCUUAUUACGGUCCAUUGGUGUUUUUAUUGGAUGGACCCCUUUUCUGUGCACAAUUGUCUCAUACAUGUACAUUAUUGUAACUAUAUUGAAAAUCAAGUCGACACAAGGAAGACAGAAAGCAUUUUCUACCUGUGCUUCUCACCUUACAGUGGUGGUAUUAUAUUAUGGUAGUGUAAUGUUCAAUUAUGUGAGACCAAUUUCUGCAUACUCAAUGUACAAGGAUAAACUGAUCUCAGUAUUGUACAGUAUUGUGACUCCAAUGCUGAACCCAGUAAUAUACACUUUAAAAAAUCAGGAUGUAAAAAAAGCUAUUUGUAAAUAUCUCUCUUCUAAGCAACAAUGA